AUGUUUCUGGAGGCCUUCGUAGACCCUUUUUUUCUCUUUUGCGUCUCAUGUAUUGCCGCUCCAUUGAUAGUGGAGCGGGACAAUCUUUCACACGAUGACGUUGUGCAGUACUUUACGGAGCCAGCAAUGAUAGGAACAGCGAUAUUAUUAAUUCUUGUGGUAUUGGAGGCGAAGAUAGCACGAUGGCGAUAUCAUUCUCCACCAUUAAUAUCAUUCCAUGAGAGAUCACGUGCUCGCUGGUAUCUUCUUAAUGGUGUCGUUAUUCACAUAUUAAUGGAUGGACUAGUAGGUGUUUUUAAAGUGAAUACAUUACUGGCAAAGAACUAUGCAAAACUUGAUGUUCGUUAUGGAACAGAAUUAGGUGACUUUACAGGAUCGGCUGUUCAUGUCAUUUCUUUGAUGGAGUUGUGUAUAAAAGGACCUGUUUGUAUUUUAUUAUACAGAGCAUACCAAACACAUAGUCCUCAUCGUGAUGCGUUGGAGUUUUUUUCUUGCGUUUCUCAAGCCUACGGCACAAUUGUAUACCUUGGACAGGAAAUCAUAACUGGCAUGCCACACUUUGACGUUGAUUACAAUUUAGAAUUUACUCCACAUUAUCUUUUGUAUUUUUGGUUUGCUAUUGUUUUUGGUUGUGUGCUGUAUCUUAUUAUUCCUUGCUUGUGGGGAUGGCAAGCGUACAAGCGUCUUGUCUCGGCAUCCUCUUAUGCAGCAGCAACCCGCAAAGUCUAA